CACCAACCCUUCCCACCACACCAUACCCACCCAUGCCCACGUUGCUUUUGAGGUUGUUUGUUUGUGGAAGGAUCAUCAUCCAGCGACGUAAAAAAGUUCUAAGCGACACACGGAGGACUGGCAAGCGACAAUUCAGGGUGCAGCGGCUUCGAGGACCUCGAUAUCCGGCAGCAUGAGGGGGGGAUGAGGCUGUCGAGACCCUCGUCAGCUGCGGAACUUGGCAACCUGAACAGCUAGAUCGACAGCGCUAGACUCUGAAUUGUAGCCGCACUCCUCUUGUCAGGCCGUUGAAACAAGCCCUCUGGCUUCUGCAAGCCCACAUAUCUUUCUCGACGCUAACAAGCUCCAGCCCAAGGCCCUAGUCCGGCCACAAGCGCUCCUCACCGUAGAUCUAAGGGUUAAAUCCGGUUUGAUACCAUUCGCUAGCCCGAGUUUUUGGAACUGCGAGGAGGUUGCGGAACAGCAACUCCCCUUGCCCCGGCAGAACAGGUCUCCAUCGGAGGCAUGGUACAUACAGCAGCUUGCAGGAAAAGUGUAAGCUUGGUCUGCGGAAGUUUGCUCUUGUCACUUCUCCCUUGUCAUUUUCGUCGGCUCACUGGUAGGCUGGUCCUGGCGUAGGUAAUACGCUAUCGACUGAUGGCCCAGUCAAGGAAGGUCUAUAUCCGUUGGGGACUUGGGAAGAAAAUCCUUUUCAGUCAUGAAAUUAUCCGGUUGAGAUGGCUCGUAACCAAUGAAGAACCUUGUCCCACCUGCCUACAUUGGGCUGCGUAGACUGGGAAGAGGGGCAUCAUAUUCGCUGAUCUACGAGGGGAGUUUAUGCAAAUCAGAAUCACAUUCACAUUAAUAACAUAACUGGCCCUCAUCCGAAGCUGUCCAUAGUUGGAAUGCUCUUGCAAGGCUGAAAAGAAGGACGUGGCAUUGGACGAUUCGGUUUGUCUGGGUGCACCCCAUUAAUGACCUAUGACCAGACGCCACUGUCACCUCUCCAGUGGGAAUGACACAAUGGCUUCGGUUUCUUUGUUAACGGACCCUGCGAAAUACAGAAACAGACCCAGCCUUUCUUUAUUGAGCUCCUGAUGCCUGCCGAUGAACCCGACACUCUUCCACUUUCCCACCUCCCAGGAGCAGCAGCACCAGGGCGUGAAGUAAGGCGAGGUGUGGCUCAAAUGCACCCGACAGAGGAGAAUCCUGGCGGACGCAAUCUUCCUUGAGCUCAAGUCAAAAAUUCGGCGGCACAAUCGGCUGCCGACUGGAAGCCCCCCCCCAUAUAGACCAACCAGUCCGCUGUCUGACACAUUGGCGGAACCCAACCUGCAGUUCUUCAUGAUAUUCAUGGAUGCUCCAUUAUCCGGGUUCCUGGAUCUAGAGGCUUUCUAGCGGAUCCGAUUAUCAUGUAUUCUUCACAGUCGCCAAGUUUUACCGCCGAAUUUAUCAAAGAAGAACCCGGAAAGCCAGUCCCCCAGAAGCCCGUCCGAAGAAGGGGUCUGAAUGAUCAGAUAAAAUGGGUUAAGGCGUGGAUGUCAAAGUUACCUCAAGGGGAUGAGGAUUGGGACAACAACAGACCUUCGACACUAGAAGACAUUCUCCGUCUGCGUCUUCGUUUGACCAUCUCUCACGUUGAGUCGCGUCGGGACAUGGACUGGCUCACUCUUCUCGAGACCUAUGCUGCUGCUUCCAAAGACUUUGAGGGACGAGAAACUCAGCUUCACUGUAUGGUAAUGGUCGCAGCCUGUCACGUGGCUCAUGAUCAAGGCCUUACCAUAAACGAGGUUAUGGAUGCCAUGGCUAAAUGCGUUACUGGAGGCAGUGAUACUCUUAGAUCCAAGCGAUUCGCACUACCCAAGUGUGUCCAGAUUGGCGAUGAACUUGCUAAAGUACUGGGGCCACGGGCAUAUGAGCUUCCAUUGAGAGUAAACUCCUAUUUUACUUUUGGCCAGCACUUUACCGUCGAAUGCUUCCCGAUACUGCGCAGAGAGUCUGCAUUUGCACAUCGUCCAAACAACAAACUACCCUCUGACUUACUCCGAAUCCCAAGUCUUGUCUAUGAACUCUGUGACGGGAAGGUUAGGUAGGUGACGGUGUCAAGUCACUCCUGUGUCGAUUUCUGGACUCACAAUCGGCAGUCUACAACAAAUCGAGAAGGCUCUAGAGCCAGGCGGUGCGAAGUCCAAGGCGAGAUCGAAGUCACAGACGAAGUCGAAGUCGAGGUCGACGGGCAGCCCAGACAGCACCUGGAGUGUCGUUUCGAGCGCGGAUACGGAACAUGAUAUGAUACAUAUCAUGAAAUAGAACUUGUCGUUUGCCGGAAAGUCUAUAUGGGUUCCAGGUGGAGAGGGAUGUAGAGGAACCUUAUGUGUCCUCCUUGAGCUUUGAGCCCCGUUUCUCGGAGAUGAAGGGCAGAUGUUGGUUCCCACGUCUCCUUCUGCGAGGACCGUUUGUCUCUGGAAACGAGCUCAACAUCGUAUUUUGUGUUUCCGAGGGCCACGACAAUUGCAGUAUACCCUUUUAGUAAUGUCGACGUGUUGCCUUUUUCGAGACGAAAAGCCUGUGGGCUAAUUUCAGGCAUUUUGAGAUCUUUAAUGACCAUUCCGAACCCUCUAGCCCACGAUUUGAGGUCUUCUUCCUGCCAAGUAUUAACAUGUGAUGAAACCAGGGGUUUCGAUUACUCCAUGAACAAGAAUAACUAAAGGGCAAAUAAUACCAGAUCUUGUAACAAAGCCUCACAUAGUAGCCCACAUGACUUUGGAAAACCAUAAGUCAAUAACCCUUCUUUCUUCUCAACAGGAAAGAGAGUCAAAACUUCUGUCGUUGCGUCUUGUUGUAGAGCCUGCACACGAGGGCUUAGAGGCAUCAGCCUAUACAAAGGAGUUGUCAUGCUUGGGUACUUUCAUUGCAUAAGUUGUGUGCCGCCAAGGAGAGUUAGAAGACAGCCGGGACCUACAUAAAAAGGCACAGCCGACCUGGAUUACCUUAACAAUUACUGCAUCCGUACACGACACGUUAGGCAGCUACCUUGGGAAAUAAACCGGGGUGCCUCAGGCUUCACGGCAGAUCAGAUCGUCCACCGGGGAUUCAGGAUGGAUGCCGU